CACUUGUAAGGAACCAACACAGUACAGUGCCGAACAACCUGGUAGUUCAAACCAACUCUCAAUCGUAUCGGUUCGAGUUUUAUCCAUCUCACAUUUUCAUGGCCGCCAACGUUCGCAGAGCUACCUAUCGUUUCCUCCCUGCCGUAGACAGAGAUUCACUCUCCGAUUCCACCUUUGAAUUCGAUGAAUCUGAUCUCUACAACUCUGCAAACGCUAACUCUUCGGAAUUCUGCAAAUCUGUACGCUCCUCGAGAUUCCACAGUAACUCCUCUGUUACCGUCGGCCGUGUCGGUGCUUCGGGAUCGCUGCCGGUGAACGUACCGGACUGGUCGAAGAUCCUCGGCAACGAGUACGGACAGAACCGGAGGAGGAACUAUGACUACGAAGAACCUCAAAGCGAUGAGGAGGAAGGAGGAGGGAGAGUUCCUCCGCACGAGUUUCUGGCGAAAACGAGAAUCGCUUCCUUGUCAGUGCACGAAGGAGUUGGGAGAACGCUCAAAGGACGCGAUCUUAGUAGAGUUCGAAACGCGAUUUGGGCGAAAACGGGAUUCCAAGAUUAGAAUCAAACGAAACGUUAUCGUAGGACCAUAAGCUAAUUACUAUUAGUGAUUUACUACUGUUACGAGUUUUGUUCAUAGAUCUUCUGAGAUUUAUCAUUUUGCGGAGUAUUUUUUUCUUUUUUUUUGUUUUUGGAUCGUGACCUAUAUGUACCAGAUCGGAAUUUGAGAUUUUAAUUUGCAGGGAGAAGUUUUUGUUUUUUUAAUAAUAGUAUAAUUAUUGUGUUUA